UAACAAAUUGAAAAAGAUCAAUUUAGCCGGUUUUUCUAUUUGUUGGAAGAAAUUAAAUGGAAUUUAGAAGAUGUUAUAUACCCGAGAAUAGUUAAAAUAGAAAAAUUAAAGAAUAUGACAUUUUAAUAGAUGCAAUUUAAACACAAAAGAAAAUGAUCAAUUCUCGAAAAAUCUGCAUAUAUGGCAAAAAAUAUGUUAAUUCUCAAUUCUUUAUAUCAAAAAAAGUACUUCAAACUAGAGAUUUUUCUAAAGGUCACCAAGAGCAUGAGCGGAGAUUUCGUAUUGAGUGGUUUUAUAUUCCAGCAGGUGUUGGAUUCGGUUUAUUGUGUUUUAUACAGCUUAAGCAUAUGUGGAGGCGUCAGCGCAAUGCACCAUUUGAUGAAGCUAACGAUGAACCUAUAAAGAAUGGAUUCAUUUUUAAAUCAUGGCAGGUUGAGGCUUUUAAAAUUAUUCCUACACGUUUUCUUUCACGAGUAUGGGGUCAUUGCUCCAAUACGCAUAUUCCAGUACCAUUACGUGCACCUUUAAUCAACUCUUAUUGUCAUCUUUUUAACUGUAACUUAAAUGAAGCAGUGAUUAGUGAUGUGAAAGAGUAUGAAACUUUUAAUGCUUUUUUCACAAGACAGCUAAAACCAGGUGUGCGUGAAAUUGAUCAUUCUGUUACAAUGGUUUCACCUGCAGAUUCAACUAUACUUUCUUUGGGAUCAUUUUCGCAUAAAGAUAUGACUCUUGAGCAAAUUAAAGGAGUAACAUUCCCUCUUAGUACUUUUUUUGGUCCAAGACAUCCUUUUUUUAAAAAGCUUUGUUCAUUUUUUCCAGAGUCUGAUCCUCUAUAUUCUCCUGGAAGCUGUCAUCAAGAGAAUGAUUUCAAAAUUUUUUAUUGUACUUUUUAUCUUGCACCUGGUGAUUACCAUUGGUUUCAUUCCCCAACAGAAUGGACAGUUGACCAACGAAGGCAUAUUCCAGGAAAUUUGUUUUCAGUAAAUCCUCGUGUUUUAAAAACUGUUGAAGGUAUUUUUAACAUCAAUGAAAGAGUGCUCUUAUCUGGGCGAUGGAAGCAUGGUUUAUUUAUGUGUGGAGCUAUUGGAGCUUAUAAUGUUGGCUCUAUUAAGUUGAAUUUUCCAGUUGAAAAACAAUUCGGAACAAACAGCCCAUUCAACUCGGAUGGAUUUCAAGACCGUCUUUAUCCCACUGGUGUUUUAUUAAAACGAGGUGAUACAGUUGGAAGAUUCGAACUUGGCUCUUCCUUAGUAUUAGUAUUCACAGCACCUAAAACAUUUAAAUUCAAUGUGAAAUGUGGUGAUAAAGUGAAGUAUGGACAACCCUUAGGAAAUAUAAAAGAUGAAAGUUAGUUAUCUACAUCAACAAGGUGUAUAAGAUUUUUUAACUUUUCAUGAAAAAUCUACGAAUAAAUAUCUUACGAGAUUUCCUAGUUUUUCAUUAGAGGUCUAAUAAGAGAAUAUAUGAUGAUUGGUCGCUCUUAUCUGACGGGUUUGUUGAUUUCAUGCAGUUGCUCUGCAUUUAGCUUUAUAACAAUGAUAUAUCUUACCAAGAAAAUCGAUUGAACUAAUAAAAUCGACAGGAUAUUUUAAUAAAGUUAUAUGGUGGGACAACAAAUUCUUAAAGAAAUGUUUUGAAGUCGAUAAAGUAAGGUAUUAAAUGACUUUUAAUUAGGAAUAUUAAAUAAUUGUUCACUUUUUACAUUUUGAGUGAAUUGUGAGAUAUUUAUGCCAUGUUUUGUAUUGAUUUAUUUUUUAAACAAAAUAUAAAGCUUUCAAUAUUUUUUGUAAACCAAGAUCUGUUAUAGUUUGUUCUGUGUUGUUUUCUACGUUUAAAAUUCAUCUACUAGUCGUGUAGUAAUUAGCUACGUUUAAAUUAUUUUUUUUAUUUGAAAAAAUGAAAAUCAUCAGUUAUAGUAUGCAAAUAGUGUAUAUUUGUAAACAGUGUUCGUGAAGAUAAACAUUCUUUCUGUAUCCAUCUAAUUGCAGUUCUUUUAAAAAUUUUGUAUCCUCGUCAGUUGCUAAUACUUCUGUUUUGAAUGUUGAUAUUUAUUAUUUACUACUGUUGUAUUUUAUAUUUUUGUUAUUACUAUUAUUCUAUUUUACAUUGUUAUUGUUAUUAUUUUUAUAUUAUUAUAUUUAUUGUCAUAGUAUAAAUAUAAAUAUAUUUUAAAAAAAGUUUUAUAUUUUAAUGUUUUUAUUCUUUUUUUUUUUUUUCUAUCAGGCUAUUUUUUAGUGGUUGAACCUCGAUUUUUUUUUUGGUUAUGUUUACAUUUUUGAAAAUCAAAUUUUCAGCGCGACAUUUGUUAUUUAUUAGACACGUUUGUUAUUUAUUUUUUACACCUCAACAAAGUUUAGAUGUAAAAUAAAUGCUUAAACGUACAUUUAUAAGACAUUAACUUUAUAAUAAUACAUAAGUUUUUUAUCUCAA